CGGAGCCGGAGGAGGCGGAGCAGGCGCCGUCCCGGCUCUCGAGCGGGCUAGCUGCCGAGGAGGUGGUGCGGCGGGCCCGGGAGGCCGAGGUUCGGGCGGGGCGGCGGGAGAGGCUGGCAGGCGGCGCCGGCAGCGUGGGGAAAGCGGCGCCGCGGGCUGGGCGCUCCCGGCGAGAGGAGUCCGCUCCAUGCGUGCGGGCCGAGGCCGGCCCCUGCGAGCCGCAGACAUGAAGAAAGACGUGCGGAUCCUUCUGGUGGGAGAACUGCCUCGUCUCCUCCAAGCCGUUUCCUUUCCUGUCUCUGAGGCCUGCCCUGUUGGAAUGGACAUGGUGACAGCUAGAGUUGGGAAGACAUCACUGAUUAUGUCUCUGGUCAGUGAAGAAUUCCCGGAAGAGGUUCCUCCCCGGGCAGAAGAAAUCACCAUUCCAGCUGAUGUCACCCCUGAGAGAGUUCCAACGCACAUUGUAGAUUACUCAGAAGCAGAACAGAGUGAUGAACAACUUCAUCAAGAAAUAUCACAGGCUAAUGUUAUCUGCAUAGUUUAUGCUGUUAACAACAAGCAUUCUAUUGAUAAGGUAACAAGUCGAUGGAUUCCUCUCAUAAAUGAAAGAACAGACAAAGACAGCAGGCUGCCUUUGAUAUUGGUUGGGAACAAAUCUGAUCUGGUGGAAUACAGUAGUAUGGAGACCAUCCUUCCUAUUAUGAACCAGUACACAGAAAUAGAAACCUGUGUGGAGUGUUCAGCAAAAAAUCUGAAGAACAUAUCGGAGCUCUUCUAUUAUGCACAGAAAGCUGUUCUUCAUCCUACAGGGCCCCUGUACUGCCCAGAGGAGAAAGAGAUGAAACCAGCCUGUAUAAAAGCCCUUACUCGUAUAUUUAAAAUAUCUGAUCAAGAUAAUGAUGGUACUCUCAAUGAUGCUGAACUCAACUUCUUUCAGAGAAUUUGUUUCAACACUCCAUUAGCUCCUCAAGCUCUGGAAGAUGUCAAAAAUGUAGUCAGAAAACAUAUAAGUGAUGGUGUGGCUGAUAGUGGAUUGACACUGAAAGGUUUUCUUUUUUUACACACACUUUUUAUUCAGAGAGGGAGACAUGAAACUACUUGGACUGUGCUUCGACGAUUUGGUUAUGAUGACGAUCUGGAUUUGACACCUGAAUAUUUAUUUCCCUUGCUAAAAAUACCUCCUGAUUGCACUACUGAAUUAAAUCAUCACGCAUAUUUGUUUCUCCAAAGUACUUUUGACAAGCAUGAUUUGGAUAGAGACUGUGCUUUGUCACCUGAUGAGCUUAAAGACUUGUUUAAAGUUUUCCCUUACAUACCUUGGGGGCCAGAUGUGAAUAACACAGUUUGUACGAAUGAAAAAGGCUGGAUAACCUACCAGGGAUUCCUUUCCCAGUGGACGCUCACGACCUAUUUAGAUGUGCAGCGGUGCCUGGAGUAUUUGGGUUAUCUAGGCUAUUCAAUAUUGACUGAGCAAGAGUCUCAAGCUUCAGCCAUCACAGUAACAAGAGAUAAAAAGAUAGACCUUCAGAAAAAACAGACUCAAAGAAAUGUGUUCAGAUGUAAUGUAAUUGGGAUGAAAAACUGUGGGAAAAGUGGAGUUCUUCAGGCUCUUCUUGGAAGAAACUUAAUGAGGCAGAAGAAAAUUCGUGAUGACCAUAAAUCAUACUAUGCGAUUAACACUGUUUAUGUAUAUGGACAAGAGAAAUACUUGUUGUUGCAUGAUAUCUCAGAAUCGGAAUUUCUGACUGAGGCUGAGAUCCUUUGUGAUGUUGUGUGCCUGGUAUAUGAUGUCAGUAACCCUAAAUCCUUUGAAUACUGUGCCAGGAUUUUUAAGCAACACUUUAUGGACAGCAGAAUACCUUGCUUAAUCGUAGCUGCAAAGUCAGACCUGCAUGAAGUCAAACAAGAAUAUAGCAUUUCACCUACUGAUUUCUGCAGGAAACACAAAAUGCCUCCACCACAAGCCUUCACUUGCAAUACUGCUGAUGCACCCAGUAAAGAUAUCUUUGUUAAAUUGACAACAAUGGCCAUGUACCCCCAUGCCCGGUUACGCUGUAUGUGCACCUGCAACAGGUGUACAUUUUGCAUCUGUCAGAACUUCCUCAACUCAGACUUGCUGCAAUCUGUAAAGAACAAAAUCUUCACUGCAGUUCUUAACAGGCACGUGACACAAGCUGACCUCAAGAGCUCCACGUUUUGGCUUCGAGCAAGUUUUGGUGCUACUGUUUUUGCAGUUUUGGGCUUUGCUAUGUACAAAGCAUUAUUGAAACAGCGAUGAUUUAAAAAAAAAAAAAUACUGGCCCUACCAAAAACAAAUACUUUUAUGUACAUUCUGAAUGCUUUAAAUUCCGCUAGAAAUAUUGAGAUAUUUAUACAUGCAGAGUUACUUUGUUAAUAUUUGUAAUUCAUGCAUAAGAGUAUUUUAAUGAUAGUUAUAACUGCAGUAUUGGCUAGCAUAUGGAAGGAAACAGCUUAACAGCCAAACUAAAAUGGCUAACUUUCAGAGGCCAAAAGGGAAUAUUUUGUAAAUAAUGUACAUAUUCAGGCAAGAUAUGGUCUCCCAGACUGAGUUCAAGAAAUGAUGUUUCUAGACGUUUCUACAUGGUAUUAUUAGUGCUCAGUUGGCUCACUCUCCUAGGUUUAAGUCAGCUCAGAGACUUUAUUUACUCAUUGAUCACUUAUUUAUUUCACAUUUACUCAGAAUGAUCUUUGGGUACUUUAAGUACACGAGGCACAAUUUGCCUUUUUCUCUCCGUUUUUAAAAACGUGACUUUCUUUCAGUCCCAUCCUUCAUGGUAGGCCAGCCUUGAAGCCGUCGUGCAGUCUAGAAAAUUGUAUAGCUGAGUGUGAUGCUCUCCUUUAAGGAAGGAGUAAGCUCAAGGCGAUUAGCAAAGGCGUCACCUGUGUGAUUAGUUUCCUUUGUCAGUAUGUUGAAUUUUAUAGCCCUUUCAAUCAAAUGAGAAAAAAGAUUUGUAUAUUAUUAAUGUUUUUAGUUUAAAUAAACAGUCACCGUUACUACUAUUGAGUUUCCUCCCAAAGUGUAAAUCAUUCUAUAAUGGCUGUGUCUAUUAUAGUAUAUUACAGUAGCUGCAUGUGUCAUGAAGUGUUCUAUAUCUGGCUAGGAUAACCUAGAAGCAGCACUUUUUUAAAUGGUAAAAUAAAUCUAAUGAAUAAAACUCUCAUUAUGAACCUAUUUUUUCCAUCAUUGACCUUUUCAAGUAUUUAAAUAAAUAAGCACUGUGUACUGUGA